AACAUCACAUUUUCAUCAAAUAUGAACUCAAUAUACGGCCGAGUGUUGGGAAAUCUAUUGAGUUUGAAAGAAACCCUUCGAGUAAAGCACAAGAAUCGCGGACCGGGAAAGCGGUCUGAAAUGGAGAGCAACUAUGAGUUGAGCAAAAGACUGUCCGAAUUUCUAGGAGGACCGGGAAAGAAACGGAUGUCAUCCCGAUUUGGCGUACAAAAGAAAUAUUCAGAGUUUUUGGGAGGACCGGGAAAGCCUGUAUUGAACAUUGAAGUAGUCACUGCGGCCAAACACGAGAGGAGACGACAUCUCCGCUGCGAUCGGGCGGUGAAGUGGUUGAGAGUCGACGCCGGCGUCGAAGCCGUUCGGGCGGCAAAUGUCGGAGACGUCGUUCCCGUUCUGGUCGUCGACACCGAAGACGCGGUCACUCGAAGGGCGGCCGAAGACGCAGAAGGAGAAGGAGAUCGCGCUCUGGAAGUGAUGAAGAAUGAGAUGUCUCUCCUCUCCAAAGACUCAGUAAUGGAAGCAAUCGUUGAAAUCGAUUCCGAAGAGGAGACGACAUCUCCGCUGCGAUCGGGCGCCGACGCCGGCGUCGAAGCCGUUCGGGCGGAAGACGAAGACGUCGUUCCCGUUCUGGUCGUCGACACCGAAGACGCGGUCACUCGAAGGGCGGCCGAAGACGCAGAAGGAGAAGGAGAUCGCGCUCUGGAAGUGAAGAAGAAUGAGAUGUCGUUUCUCCUCAAAGACUCUCAGUUUCUAUUCAAAGACUUUGCAUUUUAUAUCAAAAUUAGUUUCUUUUUGUAA